AUGCCGUUAGCCAGUCAAUCUUCAAUCUUUGGCAUUGCCAUCACACUACUGUUGUUAUUCUCAGUAUGUUCCUCAGCAAGUGUAGCCAACAUCAUUGAUCACAACAACAAUUCAUCUCAACAAUUUGUUACAAGACAGAACAGUGAUUACGCAAACAUUACAGCUUAUCCUCAUAACAUCAGGGGCAUGGAUUUCGGUACAUCAUGCUCUCGAUCAGGGAGCAACAUGACUCAAUGUGAUUUUUACUUUAAUCCUAACAAGCUCGCCUACUGGGAACAACCAACAUUGUGUGUUAUUUACGGUUACAUCAGACCAAUACGAGAUGCAGAGGUUUGUAUAAUGCAAGUUCCGGAAAACCCUUGCUUGAUGGAGAACAUGGGUUGGCUUCAGCAAUGUUCCAGAGAGAUUUACUUUGCAGGCACAUUUCUAUUGAACCACACUCGGGCCUUUCAAGGCAAUACCAAGAUGAAGUCUGUCAACAUACCAACCAAGGAUCUGAUCGAUCCUCGACAGAUCGUGUUUGAAUCGUAUGGCCAUCUGUUCACUGGAGUGUUCAAGUCAGCUCCCACAUCCAACGGCAACAUCUCAAUGCUGCAUUAA